UUUUUGUGCCCAUCCGAAUGUGUGUGUGUGUGCGCUAAAGCCACCAUCCGCCAUUGCUGCAGUGCCUGUGGGGUUUAGAGAACAUACGAUGCGAAAAAGGAUAUAAAUGGAUUUUUCGGGAGCUAUUGUCGUAUGGCGAAAUAAGCGAACAGUGAGCGAUUGUAUUUCCGUCCAUCCGUCCGUCAAUCGGCCAAUACAACGGUCGAUCGGAAUAAUCUAAGAAAAAGAGAGAGAAAAAAAGUACAAAUUCCAACCAACCGGUGACAUGGUUUUCUAAUUUGGCCUAAAGGCCUCGUGUUGGGUAUUGUCGCAAAGGUUGGCAAUAGCCCGCUUUUUUACAAAAUCCCGCGCAAAAUGGACACACACACAUGCAUACAUACCGUUCCUGUCUAUCAACGUCAGAUGCAGUUGGCAUCGGUUUUUUUCUCUUGCUUUCCUUUUUCAUCAAAUCGUAAAGCUUCCGUAGAGAAAGUAGACAAACGGAAUGGGAUUUUUUUUUUGGUUGUUGUUGCAAAAUAUUACUACCACAACAUUACAGAGCAAGCACGCUGCACAACAUGGCAUUACAUUCCCAUAUAAUUGUACGGUUUUGGUUCAUUCUUCCAGUGGAAAAUGAGAACCACGUUGUGGCGUGAGCGACCCACCAAUAUGAGUGCACGAGCACGCGAGUUCGGCUCUAGCGACGAGCUUGUAAACAACACGAGCGCGAUCGUGUGAAGCGCAUCUGUUUUAUCUUCGCAAGCAGCAACUCGCUCCAGAGUGUCGAUACGUUCAUCAAACACAGUGUCGGUCAGUUGGAUUCUGUGCGUUUACCGUGCCGGAAGUGUUCUGUCGCAGUUUUGUCCGCACUCGCAGUUCGCCCACUCAACAUUUCCGUAAGGCAAACAAACUCGUACCGAUCGUACUAGACGCGGGGAAUAAAAGCGAAACCAACAAACAAAAACAAGAAAAGUACAACGAAAGUUUCCCUUUCAUCAAAAGGAGGAAUUCGUUUUGAAUUUUAUACAAGCAUUUAUGGGGAGAGAGGGAGAGUACGAGAGUGUGUUUGUGUGUGUGUGUGUGUGCGUUUGUAACAGGCCGAGUGUAAAAUGAUGUGUUCUACCAGGUGUGCUGAUGCCGUUCACUACAGUUCCGAAUUCUGCCAGAUGCGAAUCUUCCCAUCGAAGAAAUAUACACUGAAAACCGCAAAGUGAAAGUGUGGUACCGAAGGAACCGCACCAAACGUUUUAUCUCAUUCAAUAGACCUGCAACGGAAUAAUUAGUGAAAACGGGGUGGUAGUUUCGUGCGGGCCGCGUACACCCACCGGAAGACUAAUUUCACAGCAAACCCUCCCCGCCACGGGUUCGGCAACGGGGGGAUACGAACGUGCCGUGACUUAUUGCCUACGGGUUCACCGUUGCCGAUCGAACGAUGGCAGUUUGGAGCGGCCGGCACCGUGGGUUAUUUUCGUUAUCCGUUACAUCAUUGAGCAGCCGCCGUCCAUGCUACAGGUCGUAUCGUCGUGGGUUCGCGUCACGCCAGUCGCUGUAACCAGCGAAGGGAGAGAGAGAAAGAGACCACAGUGCGAUCUUGUGAAAACUGUACCAAAACCAUUCAACAACAGCAAACCAUUGUAAAAGGCUUGCCUUAGUAAGAGGAAUUAAGUUGAUCUACGAUCGCAUGCGCUGAGUGUGACAGAGGCCGCGACGACGUAAAACGUCGUGGCCAGGAACAACGCUCCGCACCAUGGGUGCACUUCUGGAAAACUUUAGCAACAGCACUGCUCAUUCAGCCGACAAGUACGGCCCCGAUACACCGUCAUCUCGCGAACUCGGCAUGGUAAUUACGAAAGACGGACCGAUUCCAUCCGUAUCCCUGGCAGGCCUAACGACAACGCUGGGGCUGGACGGAUCGGCGAACGUAAUGGUCGGUAUGGGUGAGAACGGUUCCGGGCAAUCGCAAAACCUAAGCAACUUGGGCGAUGCUUGCCCCAAAUCGGACGACAUACUCUACCCAAGCAUCUUCGGUAUCGAUCUGGCCGUACCACAGUGGGAAGCCAUCGGUACGGCACUCAUCCUAACGCUCAUCAUCAUCAUCACCAUCGUCGGUAACAUUCUCGUGAUACUGAGCGUGUUCACGUACAAACCGCUCCGAAUCGUGCAGAACUUCUUCAUCGUGUCGCUGGCAGUGGCGGAUCUGACCGUAGCCAUCCUGGUGCUACCACUCAACGUUGCCUAUUCGAUACUCGGUCGCUGGGAGUUCGGCAUACACGUGUGCAAGAUGUGGCUCACCUCGGAUGUGCUGUGCUGUACCGCCUCCAUACUGAACCUUUGCGCGAUCGCACUCGACCGCUACUGGGCCAUCACCGACCCGAUUAACUACGCCCAGAAGCGCACACUCGAGCGUGUGCUGGCGUUGAUUGCGGGCGUUUGGGUGUUAUCGUUGCUGAUCAGCUCACCGCCACUGAUCGGUUGGAACGACUGGCCCGAACAGUUCUCGAGCGAGUUCCCGUGUCAAUUAACGAGCAAUCAGGGGUACGUCAUCUACUCGUCGCUCGGUUCAUUCUUCAUCCCGCUCGCCAUCAUGACGAUCGUCUACAUCGAAAUCUAUAUCGCUACCCGGCGACGGUUACGCGAGCGUGCACAAGCCUCCAAGAUUAAUACGCUUGCAACGCGCAGCAUCGGCAUGGUGGCCGGUAAUGGUGAAAAAGAGCUCACCACCACCCAUCACCAUCAGCUCCAGCAUCACCAUCCGGAUGCGCAGCACCACGGUCAGGAGGAUACAGUCCAGCACGACCAAGAGUCAAUCAGUAGUGAAACGAACAACCACAACGAACACACCGACACCGGCAGUGGUGGUGCGCUGGCAGGGAAGCAGACAGAUGCCAAAAAGAAGGGUCGUCGACUCGGUGCCCUGGACCGUUACUUCGGUCGGGGUUUGGUCGGUGGUGGUGGCAAUCGGAAGAAACAGCACCGGAAACCGGACGGUGCCCGAACGGAGGACAGCCAACAGCACCGGCUGGCGGCAGCGCUGCAUCAGCGCGAAGAAGACUCGGUGACGGAUAAUCCGGACAAUUCCGGUUCGGGUGAAAGUGGCAGGGCGGCGCUGGAUGCAACGCAACCGGCCGUUGUGUCCACAUCCGGCAACUGUGAUAUUCCGCCGGGCGAACCGACGGAAACGGCCCGUAAUGGGGGUGGCCAUCGGGAGGUCGGUUUCCACGAGUCCACGACCGAGCUGGUGGCGAGCGGGACGGGCAAUGCAACACCGGCCACCACCCGGAUCGGUGGCCGGUUGAAACAAUCGUUCCGCAAACCGGGUGGCAUUAAUCAGUUUAUCGAGGAGAAGCAGAAAAUUUCCCUAUCGAAGGAAAGACGGGCCGCACGUACGCUCGGCAUCAUAAUGGGCGUGUUCGUCGUGUGCUGGUUGCCGUUCUUCCUCAUGUAUGUCAUCCUGCCGUUCUGUCCCAGCUGCUGUCCGACGAAUAAGUUAAUUAAUUUCAUCACCUGGCUGGGCUAUAUCAACUCCGCGCUCAACCCGAUUAUUUACACCAUAUUCAAUCUAGACUAUCGGCGGGCAUUCAAGCGCCUGCUCGGCAUUAAGCAGUGAAACCGUUGACGGGAGUGCCUACCGCUCCGGUACGGUUGUCGCACAGCGCACGAUGGGAAGUCAUUUCCGGGAAAUCAGUUCAUCUUCAGCGACCGUGUCCACUUUACGCUUCGAUGCGAAUGGGUAUACAAAACGGGUGGGAAAGAUACGUAGAUAAAGCGUUAUAAAAACAGCAUCAACAAACGAUCGAGCAUUACAUACACACCGAACAGAGCGAUACAGAUUUCACUCAUCAAGCAGCCACUAAGUGGAACUGCUCGAAAGCUUUUACGCCGAGAGGAACUAUUAACCAUCCUCAUCUAUCGCUGAGUGUCCCCUUUUUCUCCUUUUUGCAUUACCCUUUUCUGCCAAAAACCAACAGCAGAAGCAAAGCAACAGAAAAGUGGAAACGAAAGAGAUUCAUUCUCGAGCUAUUGAUUUUUAUCGUUUUUUUACGCUUCCAGCUUUUUUUUGGCUAAUUAAUCCAUGGAACUCCAUGGUUUUGCAAGUACAAUGGCUUGGUUUGCCGGCCUUUUUUAGGUUGUUGUCCCAAAAAAAACCUCUUCAACAUCAUUUAUUUUAUUCCCUUUUCUGUAGUCCGCUUUAAGUAGUGGAGCUAGAGGGAAAGCAAAAACAUCGUUCAACUUUGGACAGAUAUCGCGAAACAAAUAAUACACAGAGUACCAAACAACAAAAAAAAAACCCACUAGUCCUUCUUUUGUCUUAAAACUCAAUUCUUCCUCCUUCGCCAUAUUUCAUUCACCGAAGCUUGAAAAGCACCAGGCGCCUCCAUCUGCUUUCUUUUCGUUGCUUAUUUUAUUUUAUUUAAGUUUUUUUUGCGCUCGUUUCACUUUAUUAGGUUCGGGUUUCAUUUCACGUGUCUUUUGUGGGAAGUUUUUUUUUAUCUUCGUAUUGUCUACUUUCAACUCACCCUCUCUGUUAAAAGGGGGCUAGAAGAGGAUUUUGUGAUGAAAAUCAUGCCAACAAUAUUACCACAACUGACCCCACUCGCUGUGGUAGAAAAUGGCCGGUUGUUCCGGGAAAGCUGACUUCCGUAACCCGGAAGCUAUCUUGUUAUUCGGGAGCUGGUACAAUUGCACUAGCCUUUCACUGUUUCCACAAUGCCGACAAGUGGAACUUGCAAUUCAUGCUCAUUCAACCUGCUGCCCUUAUCUUUGAUCGUUGCCCAUUUUGUGUGCUGUGGUGUGUGAUGUUGUGGGUCCUUUUUGCGCCACAGGACAACCGGUACAAUGGACAACCCGGGUGCGGUGGUGCUUACAAACGAGUGGUCCUAUUUUCUGCCACUUUUGGUUGCGGUUUUUUUUCCUGCCUCAGCCAAGCAGAUUUUCUCGGGUUUUGUACCGUUCAUCUUGCAUCUUCGGAAGGCAAAAACCACGACCGGAAACGGAGCAGUCAGUGAAUCGGUGCUUUAAAACCUUCUACAGGAGCGGUUUCUUUUUCGCCAUCGCUUUCUUUUGAGUGAUGUUUUCACUCCGACUUCUUUUACUUCGUUCACUAAAAACUUCCAUUCCUGUUGCCUUCCCCGUCCCUCCCGCUUCCUCUUCUCUUUUUGCCACCUUCUUCUUCCUCGACGGUGUAAUCAAACCAAUCUUGGCGACAAUAAAUUCCUCUCCCUCGCUGUUGUCCCGAACAACAGCUCCCGGAUCCGGUUGUUGUUAGCGCCACACCACCACCACAAACGGUUCAUCCGGUACAAUACAGAUGCUGCAGCUUCAAACACUCGGCGGAACCGUUGAUGAACGACAACAAUAACAAGCCACUUUGUUCCCGUCACCAGUGGAAAGACAUUUGCCCCCGUCUGCCGCGCGUCCGUGUCCAUCUUUCCAGUGACUUUGCCACAAGAUGGCCGGAGGUGGUCCAUUCUUCAUCGUCGUCACGGUCGCCAAGACGCACCGAGCUGAAGAAAAGAAAAACAGUUUCCAAAAACAAGCCCCAAGCGGCCGCAUACCGCAAUGUGUAUUUUCCGGCCGCUUUCCACCAUCGUUGGAGGUGGGAAUGGGGAGGGAGGUGAGGAAGAGUGAAGGGAAGAAGCUUUUUCCAUCCGUUCCAGUGACUGGGGAAAGACAACGCGACCGGGAAAUCAUUUUGUAACCGUGUGCUGUUGUACUACCCGCGAACAUUCCAACAGACGAUCGGGGAAAAGUUAAGAUGGGAGGUGUGGGAAGGAGGAGGGAGAGGGAGGAGGAGGACAAGCAACCAUCUUUUCUCGCGAGUGAAGCGGGACACAUUGGAUGUAAUCAGAACAAUGCAAAGACUUUUGCGCAUCGGUAAAUAACAUCCCACAUUAUUCGGCGAUACAACAAAGCAGGAAUGGAAAGUGGAACAAAAGUUUUUCUUCCCCAUACAUCCGCCCAUCAGCCAAUGUGAGUGAAUGCCACCGUUUCUGCACAACAAAACACUUCCUGACAACACACAUUGCAUGGGUACGAAAAGGCGAUUAAACGAGCGCCCUCUAGUGGGUUGAUUGUAAAGGCAAAUUAUAAUCCUUCAUGACACCGGGAAACACCGGCUAGCACACUUACCCACCCAUCAUACAGUUUCACUUUUUGUGUGAUGUGAGAUACUUAAAAUGUUUGUCUCCUUCCGCUGAAAUACUGAAACGGCAGCAGCAGCAACAACAACAACAAAAUGCAAAAUGUUUUCAAAGAUGCUUCCCCACAGAAUGCUUUUCCACCUAACGUGCUCAAAGCCGUAGGCUUGUUUUACUACCGGAGAUUAACAUUUUGUUUGUAUACUUAUGUUGUAUUUUUUUUUGCUUCAGCAUGAUAAUAAUAAUGUCAAAGGUGUAGUCUUCUUUAGCACCGUGACAUUAAUUAAAAUUUUAUUUUUGCGAUUUUUCAACUAGCUUUUACUUUUUUGAUAGCUUUUACUGAACUCGGCGCUGUCAAAGAAAAGGCGUAAUGCAUAAAAUUUAAUUAGUAAAACGAAAUCAUAAAACAGACAGAGAGACACAAAACCCUCUUGAGAUACUCCAAAAAAAAGAAAGAUAAAAUUUCACCUCCUACCAAGAACAAUUUUGCAUUCAUCGCUUCUUGGAAUAAGUUUCCUUGCAACAAGACAAAGUUCUAUUUGUGCUACGUCAGUGGAUCACGCCUUGCGGGAGUAGUCUAUUUGCAUUCCAAUCAUUUCUCGCCCCCGCAUACCAGGCAAGACAAUAAUAUCCUAUCGACCCUGACCAAACUAUGAUUAUUAUGAUUAUCUUCUGCUCGCUACGUUCACUUCACACUGUGCAGCUGUGCUGUUUCCCAUGGAAAAAGCCACAUCCUUUUCGAAGAACCAGGAAGUCCAAAAGCCUGCAAACUAGGGAAAGAUUCAACAAACGAGAUCGUCCUAGUGUUUGGUUUGAUUUGAAAGUUUCUCACACAGCUUUCCGGUAAUCUUUUGUUUAUACUGCUUGGUUAGAAAGCUAGCAAUACGUCCUCAACCGCAAUUUAAACACGAUGUAGAAACAUCUUCAACUAGAAUAGAGGAACAAAAAAUAGACCAAAACUAACAGCUAGAAAUAGGAAGAAAGAUCUAAACUUUGUACGGAACUUUCACCUUUCAUAGGAAAGAAGGGAAUGCAGUUUAAAGUGAAGUUAAAAAAAAGGAGGACCUUCACCCAGAUGAACUGGUUUUCCACAAAUGACAACAAAACCUACAAAGUGCACGCAAAGCUACCGGAAUGUUGCUCUGCAGUCGAGAUAUAGGGUGGUAUGGAAGUGAGAAAACCUUGGAAAGAAAAUCCAACCGAAAAUCAGUCUUUCGGUCAAGUCUACACGAGUCCUCCCAAAACUAAAGCUAAGCGACGAAAAGCAUAAAAACGCAACCCCAACCGAGAAGAACGGUGUGUGGUUGUGAAUGUUCACGAUAUGUGCCCGAGACCUCCAGCAGCUUCUUUUUUCGAGCCCAAAGAGAACCCGCUGGACAGUGAAGGGCGAAAGGGAGAAGGGGGCCCUGUCCACAUAUCGACACGACGCCCAGUGCCAUCUGUUGGCAGUAGAUUUUUAGCAAAGGGGAGUUAACAUAUUUUUUUUUAUUUUUACUUUUGUACAGAAUAGAAUAAACGCCUCGGAAAAUAUCACACACACACACACAUGACACAGCGAGACAGGAGUCCGGACUGACACACGAACAGUACUGUGCACUGACUUUUCUACCCUUUAGACUAGGGGUGUGUCUGAGGAGGAAGUUGGUGGGACAAUGUCUAACGAUAGUUUUCUCGCCCCUUCUUCACUGCUUUGUAAAGUUCCAUAUUUCUACACCAAUAGGUUCGUGUGAAAGUUCUGAGCAAGAUACACGAGAAAAAAAAUCAACACAUUUCCGAACGGUUUCCAAUGAUGAACGAAAAGAGAAAAAAGCGGGAAUAAAAAGCAAACAAAAAACAAAAUUUAGUGAAAUGUGAACGACAAAAAAAGUGUUUUUUUUUUGUUGUAUUCCCUCCAUACGGGAAACGUGUAUAGUAUAUGAUAGUGUUUUAAAUUACUGCUACCGUUAGUGAGAAGUACCCGGAAUGCUCCACGGGUUGCAUCUCGGUCGGAAACGUUAACGAUAAGGCAGCUGCAUCGUGUGCGUAUGUAUGUGUGUAUGAGGGCAAUAGCAGCAGUAGUGGUAGUAGUGGAAAAUAUAAAUUUCAUAACGUACCUGUUGGAAUCUUGUUUAAUGCAAUGUAAUGUAUGUUUUUCUAUUAUUUUCUUACAAGGUUCGUUUCAUCUAGCGGCCCUUUUUCUAAUGAUAAAGUGAAGAAAAUAUGAAAAAAACACACACAGACACAGACACACAGACAGACAAAUGCGUCCUCAUAUCGUUCCGUGGGUUCUAGUUCAUUAACUAGACUCCGGUGCUUGUAUGUAUAUUUUGUACAUGUGCAAAAAAUAAAACAAAACAAAGUUCGGGCAAAAAGGGUCCAGUGAGUGGUAAGCGAAUGGGAGAGAAAGCGAAGCGAACGGGUGGGGGAAGGGAAACAAGAAGAACGAAGGUGUAGGAUAAAAUAGUAAACGAGCAAAUAAACAAAAAUGUUUCAUCGUGGAUGAAAUUGCAAAUGUAGCUAGUAGAGGCAGCACGGCCGCUGCAC